AUGAUUGUUAUCAAUAAUGUAGGUGCAGAGGAAUCCUUGAGAUCCUCCUCUGCAGAUAUAUUGAGAAGAGUACAGUGGACGAUUAUGUUAAUACUGUCUGUAAUCAUCUAUGGAUCUCAUGCACCUCUAAUAUCUAUUUGUAGAGUGGAUGGGGUGAUACCUUUCAGUUCAUCAGCAGUUGUCCUUCUCAUUGAAGUAUUGAAAUGUAUAAUAUCUUUGGCAUGUCUCCUAAUCACAGAGAAGAAACCAUUUGAUAUGUCUGUAUCAUGGAGGCUUGCUCUCCCCUAUGCUUUUCCUGCGAUUCUCUACGGUGCUAACAAUAAUUUGGUGGUUCACAUGCAGCAUUUCAUGGACCCCAGCAGUUUUCAAGUGUUAAGCAACCUAAAGAUUGUCAGUACUGCUUUACUUUACAGCAUUUUCUUAGGUCAGAGACUUUCCAUUCGCAAAUGGUUUGCCAUGUUUUUGCUGACCGCUGCUGGUGUGUUCUACAGCUAUGGUGGUAUUAGGGAUGUAGAGGAGGCCUCAGCUGCCAUGCAACUUUACAACACUCUUCCAGGGUUACUGAUAAUGCUGAUCUAUUGUCUAAUCUCUGGAAUGUCUGCUGUUUACACUGAGAUGACCCUAAAGACUCAAAAGAUCCCUCUAAACUUACAAAACAUUUUCUUGUACUCCUUUGGCAUUGUAAUCAAUUUGCUAGCCCACAUUAUCAGGAAGUCACAAUGGUGGUUUUCUAGAUGGCUUCUCCAUUUGGGUUUUUGUCAUUAUCAUCAGUCAGGCUUUCAAUGGUUUGAUCAUGUCUGUGGUCAUGAAGCACAGCAGUAACAUCACCAGACUUUUCAUCAUUUCCUGCUCCAUGCAGUGAAUGGACUUCUGUCUUACAUAAUAUUUCAGCUGCAGCUUACUUUUCUUUUCUUUUUAGCUGUCAUUCUCAUUGGCUUUGCUGUUUAUUUGUUCUAUGGCAUUAGAUGA